AUGGCUUCCCGAAGAACAACCGACAGUGACGGAGGCGGUUCAAAAGAGGAUCCGCGCCUCCAACGUAUCCGUGAAAAUCAGCGCCGCUCUCGCGCCCGGAGGAGAGAGUACUUGGAGGACUUGGAGGCGAGGUGGAAGAGAUGCCAGGAGCUGGGUGUCCAGGCGGAUGUGGAGCUGCAGAGAGCGGCGAGGAAGGUCAUUGAGGAGAAUAAUAUGUUGCGAGAAAUUUUGGCCGAGCUUGGUGUUGGAAGGGAGGAGGUGGAGAGAAGGUUGAGAGGCUUCAGAGCUGGGAGUACUGCAAGUGGCAAUGAGACUGGCGGUGAUGGUGGUGGUGGUGGAGUGGUGCCUGAUAAUGGGUGUGGUGGUGGUGGUGGUGUCGGGACAAGCUCAGUGGAAGGGUUUGGUGGUGCUGGGCAGCAGCACUUCAAUUUCCCCAGAAUAACAACAGGGUUGGAGGCAAAAAGUGAUGCACCGGCUGUACCACCGGGGAUCGAAUCUCUAGAUCUGUCGCAGUUAGAUCUAGAUAUCGAUAUCCCGGAAUUCGGGGCUGAUGCUGCUGCUGCCGGCCCUGCCACAGCAGUUGCUGUUAACGAAACCCCAGACUUUUCCAUGAGUUUGAUGGAGCCAAUCCAAGACUUUGAUAAUAUGUUUGACAUUUCCGAAUUCAUUGAGCAGCCGUUUGACUUUUCCUUGCCAAUGGGAGACGAGAGCGCCACCAUUACUACCACACAAGCCCAGCAGGCGGAGUCUAGUCCGGCUUUCACAACCGUAGACUCGCAAACACCCUCCUCGCUACAAGCACCACCAACCACAACACCAGGCGCUUGUUCAGACACUUGUCGGACGUCAAAUAAGAACACGACGCCCUGCACAGAAGCCUAUGCACUCUUAAAGGCUCUAAAUGCGCAGCGGCAGGAACAUAAGGACAUGUUUGAGAUUGUGCUUGAGCUCUGGAAUGGGUUUUGCUAUCCGAGUGACGCAGAGGGUUCGGGGUGUAGGGUUGAUAACGAGGUUUUGAAAAGAGUGAUCGAUGGGAUGCAGAAGUAA